CGUCUUGUCGGGGUCACGUAGACGAGAGAGGGGCAGGGAGGGAGGCAGGUUGGGAGGGCGAACAGCGAUGCGACCGCCCAUGAGUUUAAUUCGACGAAGGUGGAAUUCAUUGGUCGCCGCUGUCGCGUCGCAUUAGUCGCGCGUGCAGCGUCGACCUCCGCGGGGGGGUGUGGUAGUGGUGGUGGUGGUUGUGGUAGUGGUUGUGGUGGUUGUGGUGGUGGUUGUGGUAGUGGUGGUUGUCAUCGCCUUGUCGACUGGUUGCGCGAGUCGCAAGUUGAAAGUGAGGGAGUGUGUGAGAGCCGCAAGUUGAGAGUGAGAGAGUUGCAAGUUGAAAGUGAGAGAGUCGCAAGUUGAGAGUGAGAGAGUCGCAAGUUGAAAGUGAGAGUGUGAGAGAGUCGCAGCCCGCACCGUCACCACUCGACGACUCCGAUCGGAAUCGUCGGGCCGCGUUCGUCGUUUCACGGUGUGUGUGUGGUGCUGACAACAACAACAACACCACCACCACCACGACGUCGUCGUCGUGAGCGUUGUUGGCACAACAACGUCGACCCGCGCACGCGUGCACAUGGGGCAGCAUCGCCACGGCGACGUUUCAACACCCGCAGCGUCGGCGCACGAAGAUUCAUCGCAGAUCUCCCAUCAGUGGUGAUGCGCGCACCGUCUGUUACCCAUCACGAACGUAGGUUGCAGUGCGUGACUUUAAUCGCACGGUCUUCACUUGCGGCACGGUGACUGGAUAAUCGUGGUAUUUAAUGAAGAGUUUGUGCAAUCGAUAGAAUCGCGCGAAAUCACUGAUUUUGCGUUAAUCGCACAAUCACGCGGCACUUAAAUCGUCGCACACCUGCAGCGGCAUAAGCGCCUCCGAUUAGCACGGUUGGCUACGUACGGUGCGAAAGAAGCCCAACUACGUGCGUGCGUACAUUCGAGAGCGGACACGAGACACCGCAGGGGGCCACCCCUCACUCCCCUCCCUCGCCGCGACGAGGUCCCCGGGACAUGCGGGGCCCAUGGAGGGACGAGGAGACGCGGGUCCCGUGGGGGGACGAAGAGGAGGGGACACGGGCCUCGUGGCGAGGCGAGGAGGAGACGCGGGCCCCGCGGAGGCGCGAGGAGCACGACCCGGCGGAGGGGACACGGGGACCAAGGAGGGACAGGGGGAAGGCUCGCACCGGGACCCCAAGGGGAACCGGCGCCCGAGGCCCGAGCCUUCUCUCUCCUCGCCCCCGCGGGCCCCGCGCCUCCCCUCGCCCCUCGGGGGUCGCGGCGAGGAGCCACGGACACCGCGAGGCUCGGGCCCUGGAAGCAGCAGAGGGGGGGAGCGGCGGCGCCGGAGGCGACAGCGGGAGGAGUCCGGGAGGCUGCCCCCACUGGGACCGGGCACACGGGGAAUGCUCACCUCUCCCUACCUGCCGGAGCUGAGCAACGGCGAGACAGACGAGGAUCGCACAAGGAGCCUGGGACGUUUAUCGCUCCCGGCUCCCCCCUGCCUCUUCCAGGCGGCUCCAGGGCAGGAGCUGCCUGACAUCCGAGCACAGAAGAGCAGGGCGUCUCCUCACGUCCCGCGGUACAGGACCGCACGCCAGUUCGUCGAGGAUGUGGAGAGCGCCCAGGGAAGCGGCGACUGGAGUCUCGUGCGGGAGUUCUACGCCCGCACCUUCGACUCCUUCCAGGAGGUGAACUCGGCUUUUAAGAGGGAGCUACACAUGGGACUGGAUGGAGCAGGAGUCCACAUUGCGUUACUCGAUGCGGUCUACGAUGUCAUCCUGUACACGCCCGCAGAGGUGCAGAAGGCCACGCUGAAGGGAAUCAUCAACAGCCUGCUGCGCGAGUGGAGGGGACCGAGGACUAAAGAUGAUUUGCGAGCGUACUUCAUCCUGUUGCAGAAUCCACAGUUUGGACAGAGCAGCACGUGUGUAAUUUUUGCGCACGUGCUGCGCCAGGUGUCGGCCCUGCCGCUCCCUGAGCAGCGCACGCUCGUGCAGUGGCUGCACAGGCUGCACAUCUCGCGGUUCCGGGCGUUGCUCGGGCAGCUGCACGCGCUGGUGUCGCUGCGCCUGAGCCAGGACGAAGGCGCUCAGCUCCCACCGCCGGCCAAGAGCAGCUGGUGGAUCCCGGCUGCCGUGCGCGUCACGGCCCUGCUCUAUGCAGCCAAUGUGCUGGGUGCAUCCCCUCGGCUGCCUUACUCCGAGUUCUACAAUUCUUCUCUCGACCACGUGGACCUGACCCAGGAGUACCUUGCUUGGCAGUGCAACCCACGUGCCAAAAGGUUCUCAUUUUGCCAGUUUCCAUGGAUGCUGUCCAUCCACGCCAAGAAGGCCAUCAUCCAGCAGGACUCGGAGCAGCAGAUGGUCACCAUGGCCAGGCGCAGUGUGGUGGAGCGCGUCUCUCGCCGGGAGCGGCCCGACGUCGACUCACUGUUCCUCACCCUGAGAGUGCGACGUGCACACCUCGUGGUCGACUCACUCAGCGAGCUGGCGCGCAAGCGUGCCGAGCUGAAGAAGAAGCUGCGCGUGGAGUUUGUUGGCGAGGUGGGGCUUGACAUGGGCGGCCUCACCAAGGAGUGGUUCCUGCUGCUCAUCCGACAGGUCCUGCGCCCCGACUACGGAAUGUUCGUGUACCACAGGGAGGCACGCUGCUACUGGUUCCGCAGCUUCAACUGCGACAACUACUCGGAGUUCUCUCUCAUCGGGACCCUGAUGGGGCUCGCUGUGUACAACAGCAUACCCCUGGACCUUCACUUCCCGCUGUGCUGCUACCGCAAGCUGCUGAGCCCGCCGCUGGCGCCCAGCGAGCCCGGCGUGCCUGUGGGGCUCUGCGCGCUCACGCUCGGCGACCUGGGCUGCGUCAUGCCGGAGCUGGCACACGGGCUGCAGGAGCUGCUUCUGUACGAAGGCGACGUGGAAACGGACAUGUGUGCUACCUUCCAGAGUUUGUGGCCAUGUACGUGGAUUACCUUCUCAACACGUCGGUGUGCCAGCGGUUCGCUGCCUUCUACCACGGCUUCCACAGCGUGUGCACCUCUCCGGCACUCGCAAUGUUGCGUGCGGAGGAGGUGGAGACGCUCGUGUGCGGCUCCGCGACCCUGGACCUCCGGGCCCUGCAGUCGGCCACUGAAUAUGAGGGCUACACCGCCAGCGACCCCACUGUGCGGUAUUUCUGGGAGGUGGUGCACGAAUUCGCCCUCGACCUGCAGAAACGCCUCCUGCACUUUGCGACGGGAAGCGACCGGGUGCCAGUGGGCGGUGUGCAGGAGCUGCACUUCAAGAUUUCACGCAUCCACGUGCCCACUGACUGGCUGCCCGUGGCGCACACGUGCUUUAACCAGCUGUGCCUGCCCCCGUACCGCUCCCGCCGCUCCCUGCGGACCAAGCUGUGCAUCGCCAUCUCCAACUCGGAGGGCUUCGGCCUCGAGUGACCGACCAAGAGGUCGUCUCGGAUGCCACUGCCUGGAUGGGCGGCCUCCACGCCUGGACGGUGCUAGGGGCUGCCGCGGCGCGACGUUGUGUGUGGCGAUGGGCGGCGAUGGGCGGCGAUGGGCGGCGCAGAAACAUUCGCCGGUUUUGCCGAAUCGUGCUUCUUGCGCUCCCUCGUCUACGCCGUCUGCCUCCACCGGCCCGCACUGGGCAGCAUUGUCGGCGAAGGCCCCUGGGCCCGCAGGGCAGUUGCACGGCCUGAGCACUCGACAGUUCAUGCCGCUGCGGACCACCAUUGUGAUGGUGUGUUGGAGUUCAGUAGUGCCUGGUUGUGUUGCAGUAAAACCCCGCUGCCCGUCCCAGUGGUCCCAUAGCUGUUUUGUAUAAACUCACUCACUACCGUCCGUGUUUUACUUGGGUAGAGCGGUGCUGCGGUGGUUCGUGCACUGCGCUAGUUGCCCAGCGACCAGAGUUCAAUUCCCGGCCAUGACCAACGUCAGUUGCGAGCGAUGUCCGAACCGUUGCUUGGCCCCCACUUCACCAACCCGCACUGACCAGCGUGGUGAAGUAUGGUCAAACGAUCCCCAUUAAUGACGUGACAUGGGGGGGGGAAUUCCUUUUAGCCAGCAGUAAGGACAGUACGUGGGUUAUUCGUGUGGCUAUCAAACCACAAAUGCUACACUAAGAGGUAGAUUGACAAAGGCCUGUAAUUAAUGUAUUUUCCGAAACACAUAGUUUGCAAAUAUAUUAACGUGUAAUUAUAUAAAAGAUAAAUAGUUGCCGCUUUGAAGAUAGAGGUCAUUGAUGAAACACCCUCGUCUCUUCUUCACACUGGGAAUGUUACAUUGUGUUUUUAACUUUUAAUCUGGUAAAGCGUGAGUACAGGAGGCAUGCCAAGUGCACUUUGUUGCUACCUCUAAUAAACUUGGUGUUGUCAUG